UAAUCAUAAAACUAUAUCCUGGUCCCUCAUUUCUAUUAAUAACAAUAUACAUGGAUUCGAAGGAUGACAAGGCUGAGGGUGUUGUUGUUCUUGAUGUUCCCCAGGAUCAUGGGGUGAACUUUUCAACCCGGAGAGAGUUUGGAAUAAAACUCAAAUCCGGGUUGAGAGAAACGUUCUUCCCCGAUGAUCCCUUCCGGCAGUUCAAGAAGGAGGAGAGGCGGUGGCGAAGGGUGGUGAAAGGGGUUGAAUACUUUGUUCCGAUAUUCGAGUGGCUUCCGAAUUACUCAAUGCGGCUUUUUUGGUCGGAUUUGAUUGCCGGACUCACCAUAACAAGCCUGGCCAUCCCUCAGGGGAUUAGUUAUGCCAAACUCGCCAACCUUCCUCCCGUUAUUGGCCUUUAUUCAAGCUUUGUCCCACCUCUAGUGUAUGCUAUAUUUGGAAGCUCAAGGCACAUGGCAGUGGGGACUAUAGCGGCAGCAUCUUUGCUUAUUGGUCAAACUAUUCAAACCGUCGCUGAUCCUGUUCAGGAACCAACCUUGUUCCUUCACUUGGUCUUCACAACCACCUUUGUCACUGGUUUAUUCCAAGCUUCUCUUGGUAUUUUCAGACUUGGGAUAUUGGUUGAUUUCUUUUCCCAUUCUACCAUCACUGGAUUCAUGGGUGGGACAGCAGUCAUACUUAUCCUCCAACAACUAAAGGGCAUUUUUGGAAUGACGCAUUUUUCUACCAAAACAAAUGUUGUAUCGGUGAUCAAGGGCAUCAUUGACAAUAGACAUGAGAUAAGGUGGGAAACCAUUGUUCUUGGCGUGAUCUUUGUUUCUUUCCUCCAAUUUACUGCGCAUGUGAGAGAGAGAAAACCAAAGCUAUUUUGGGUGUCAGCUAUAGCUCCAAUGACAACGGUAGUAGUUGCUGGAGUUUUCACGUAUCUGGUUAAGGGCCAAAAUCAUGGAAUAAAAAUUGUGGGCCAUUUAGAUAAAGGAAUAAACCCUUUGUCUAUUCAUUAUUUGAACUUUGAUUCUAAAUAUUUAUCAGCUGUGCUCCGAGCUGGCAUUAUCACAGGCAUUUUGUCAUUGGCGGAAGGAAUAGCAAUAGGAAGAAGCUUUGCUGUAACUGCUAAUACACCUCAUGAUGGGAACAAAGAGAUGGUAGCUUUUGGCCUUAUGAACUUAUGUGGUUCUUUCACCUCAUGUUACUUGACUAGUGGACCGUUUUCGAAAACGGCGGUGAAUUACAAUGCAGGGUGUAAGACACCUAUGACAAACGUGGUGCAGGGAGUGUUAAUGGCGUUAACACUAUUGUUUUUGGCACCACUAUUUGGACACACUCCUAUUGUUGCUCUCUCAUCUAUUAUUACAUCUGCCAUGGUUGGACUCAUCAAAUAUGGUGUCUUUGUUCAUCUCUUCAAAGUUGACAAGUUUGACUUUCUUAUUUGCAUGGCUGCCUUCUUAGGUGUCAUCUUUCUAACCAUGGAUCAGGGCCUUAUGAUUUCUAUUGCACUGAGCCUUCUUAGAGCACUCUUAUAUGUGGCUAGGCCUGCCACAUGCAAGCUUGGAAAGUUAGAUGACUCUUCAGGUUCAUAUAGAGAUGUUGAUCAAUACACUCGUACAACAACAUACCCAGGAGUUUUGAUUAUUCAACUUGGUUCCCCCAUUUACUUUGCAAAUGCUAUCUAUGUCAAAGAAAGGAUUAUGAGGUACGUUAGAAGUGAAAAAGACUCUGAUGGAGGUGUGGAGCAGAUCAUACUUGAUUUUUCAGGAGUAACAUCAAUUGACAUGACUGGUAUCGAAGGAUUGCUAGAAACUUAUAGAGUAUUAGAAAGGAAUGGAAUUCAGAUGUUAAUAGUGAACCCAAGACUUGAGGUUAUGGAGAAGCUGGUGGCAUCCAAUUUUGUAGACAAGGUUGGGAAGGAUUCAUUCUAUCUGAAUUUGGAUGAUGCAGUGAAUGCAACUCAAUAUUCACUUCGUUCACUCAAGACCAAUAACAAUAAUAUUAAUGAAGACACAACUCAUCAACAAUUACCCGAUCAUCAUGCCUAAUAAAAGUUAUUAAUUAAUUAGGUUAGAGCAUAGAAAAUAAAAUAAUGAUGUGUUUUAAUUUGUUUAAAGUAGUUGAGAUCAAACUUCGUGUGUGUUCAUCGCUUGUACAAUUAAAAUUUUUUAGAGAAAAACAAGCUACGUACUAGCUAGUUGAUAACUAGAGUAGUCUAGAUUGUCAAAUGGUGUAUCAAUA